AUGCAGGUACUUUGGUCUCGCACCGUGCAGGCCAAACUAUCCUGUCAAUGUUAUUCCUGCGUCCACAGUGCAACAGCUCUUGCUCGUCGAUCCACCACCGCAGCCACCAAACGCAGAGUCGCGGCCGGAGAUCUAUUCACAGCGAGUUUCUCGACGAUUCUGGGCACUGCCGCCUUUGUUGAUGCGAGAAUAAAAGAGGACAGGAGAAAGGAAUGGGAUGUCGCGAUCACCAAUGUCAAAGCCGGAAUUCCGGACAAUGAUUCGAGCCCACCUACGCAACCAAAUCUAAAAGCAGAAUCUAUUACCGCCAAUACACGAAUUCAAGACAUUCGGCCACCAGCCGGUGACAAUGGAGUAAGUCUUGGUAAAUCCGAGACCUUCUCGUCGGCUUCUAGCCUGUUCCACCGAAAUGCCCCAAAUGUACCAUGUAUACCCUCGGGGAUGGCAUCUAGUGGACUGGACACUCUGGAAGGUGUCAUUUCUGAAUCGAAUGAAGUAUCAGCAGGUGUACGCCGGCCAAUUGGUCCAAAAAAAUUCGCUCCUCGUUACUCGAGGAGAAAAGAUCAUUUAGGGCAACUGCAAAAUUCAACUCGAAAACUUGUCGACAAUCUAUUGCUUCUGACCGAUCUUGCCUACGUCGAACGGACUGCCAUAUCGUCGGAAGAUAAGGAACUGGCUGAGGUUGCCAGUCGGCUGCAAGGAAUAAGGACGUCCUUUGCUCCAUUUCCCACGUUUUACCGGCAUCAGUCUUCAGAACGGCUUGGAGAGUUGCAUGAUGCUCUGAAAAGAGUAUUUGAUGAAGAAUCAUCAAGCCCCCCGAACCUCAACAUGCUGGUUGGCAAAAUAUGUUACAAUUUACUUCUUUCCCCUGUUCCACCUGGUACUGGAACAUACAACUACUUAAUGAGAAAGUUCUCUCUAUUACAACAGGACCAUCUUACCCAGGUUGUGGCAGACUCAUUUUUUAAUGAUACCGUGUUGAAAGCCAAUGAGGAAACGGCCAAAUUCCUGCUCGAGUACUACAUUGAAAGGAAUGAUUUGGACGGCUUUCGGACCAUCAUUAAGCGGAUGCGUGCUGUUGAGGGGGACAUGCAUAUAAAGAGAAAGAACAUCUUCGAAUUAUCCAGAAGCAAGGAUAUACGUGCCUGGGCACUGAAUAAUAAGGUCAUUCACCGGGGUGCCCAUCUGCACGAAAAAAUGAACCGAACGCCUGCUAUUUUUGAGUUGCUUAUUCGAGGCUGGCUGAUGUGGGAUGGUACCAGAGGAGCAGUACGUGCUGUACGUGCUGCCCUUCGCGAGGGCCAGAUAAUUUAUUCCCAGACUAUGAUUCACAUUAUCGAAGAAUGCAUUCGUCAAUUGGAUUAUAGGUCAGGACUAAAGCUCCUGAGCACCGUUUUGUCAUGCUGGGCAGAUGGGACCCUCUCUUCAAUCAUGGACUAUGGCCCGGCCACUCGGCAGAAACUCUAUCGACUCUUCGCUCUUUGCGGCGUCAACCCGUCUUCCAACUUGCCGCGACCAAUGACUACGACACCCUUUCAAGAAAUAUUGCCGAGCAUGUUGCGCUGGAUGGAACUUGAAUCCAUCUCAGAUCGGCUUGUAGAAUUUACAAACGAUACACUGACAAUAAGACUGGCGCUUGACGGACCACAACACCUAAUGGCUACCGGGUUCAAAGAUCAACGGCAAGCAGACAAAUUUGCUGAGCAACGCCUCCAGAGCUGUUUAGAGAUUUUGCGAGGAGUCUCCGCAACUGAGGAAAUGGCCGCUUCCAUGAAUCUAAAGAAUAGUGCAGAAUGUCAGUCCAUCAGGGCAUCGGCUAUUAAGAUUAGGUUAGCAGACAAGACGAGUAGAGCCGCUGCUGUAGAAGUAUCUGUUUCGUCGAAUCGCAACUACAAUCGAAAUACUACUAAACCGGAAUCUAAAUAUGCCUUUCGCCGUAUGAGAGUUCCAGACUCAAACGAGAGCGGAAUGAAAAUCCAGUCGGCUCUAGAAGAAUCUGUUUCGUCGAAUCGCAACUACAAUCGAAUUAUAUCUAAACCGGAACCCAAAUAUACCUUUCGCCGUAUACGAGUUACAAACUCAAAUGCGAGCGGAAUGCAAAUCCAGUUGGCUCUUUUCCCGGAUAAAUUCCAACAUGCACAGCUGCAAACAGCACUACAGCUGAGCUGA